AAUAUUUUUGCAAAAAUGGCCUGAGUACUCUGCCGCUCCGUGCUGCGCCAUGAUUCGCUUAUUAGCGCAGAAAUUUGCUCAAAACGGUUUACAAGCCAGCAGCCCACCCUCCUUCACAGGGGUCCUCUCGGCGUCCGCGGUCGCGGUUGUGUGUGCGCCAACUGGCCUGCGGUUUAAACGUGCAUUGAAAGGUCGAGUUAUGUCUUGAAAGUGCGGUGCGUUUUAGUGCGUCGGUUCCUGCACGUCGCGGUGUGAUGACCCUGCGAUGACUGCGAAUUAGCUCGUUUCAAUGGCUGUCAACUCGCCGGCGACUUCGCAACGCCAGGACGAAUCUGCCGACAAUGUGUCUUUCGAGGAUUACGUCGGUGUGCUGUGCUACCAUAGUGAUACGCGAUGUGGCUUGGUGGACUACCCAAACAAGGGCCUGUGGUUGCCCCACAAGGAAAUCGUGCCCGGCGAAAGCUGGGAUUCUGCGAUGGAGACCUUGCUGCGAGACUUGUCGAUCAGAUCGUUCACCAAUCAGGGCAUCAUACAAGUGUUACGGAUACAACCAGCUCUUCACCGGCCAUUCUUCACGAGAGUCAUCUUCGCAGUACGGGUCAACGAGCAGACAGAACAGCCCUCCGAGGAAGCGCUGGCAAAACAGGUGCACAUGCAAUGGGUGUCGGCCGAGGAGAUCCAGCGCAUGGUGAAGCUGCGGCCAUUGCCAUUCCUAGGGGUGGAGCCCGCCGAGCUUUGCAAGCUGCUGCUGCAGAACCGGCAGCCACCUGUGCCGUGCGAGUUUCUCGAGAUGAAUGCCAGCACGCCGCUGACGGCACAGGGCACGCCUACACGCCCCAAUGUGCCCGCCCGAGAGUCCCAAAUUGAGCAGAUGCUGGAGUCGGCAAAGUUUGGUCAACAAGAGCAAGAUGCCGUGCGCUUCGACUUCUUCAAGUUUACAAAGCCGGGCACAUACAUGAAUGAAGCAAUAUUCCAGAAGUAUGUCACUGGCCUUGGUUGGGAAACGUCAACACAGCUGUCUGACCUGUUCAGAGCGAUGGACGUGCACAACCGUGGUGCGCUGACCUUCAAGGAGCUGGUGCUUGGGCUGGCGGCCAUGGAACCGGGAACACAGCAUGGCGGCAACCCUGGAGAGCAGCGCUGUCGUCACAUCUUUCGCCUCUAUGACACCAACUGUGAUGGCAUUAUGGAGUAUUCAGAGUUCAGGAAGAUGGUCAAGGACAUCCAAAUCAUGAGAGGCAUCACCAUGGAUGAGGCUGCCCUGGACAAGUUCACCGCUACAAGUGCAGUGAGCUUUAACUUGCCGAACGGUGGACAGCUGCCGCUGAAUGAGUUCCUUCUGGCCGUUGGGCAGCUCAAGUUCAGGGGGACCUCGCUGCUGUUCCGGUCAUCGUCUUCGGUGUUGCCCACGCUGAAGAAGAAGUACACACAGGAAUCGCUCAUCGAGCCCACCACUAAGAGGUCCAAAAUGUUCCACCCAACCAUUGGCAACGACAACAUGGAUCAAAGUGCUGUGUCAGCCGUAGAAGACUCGGCAUCAGCCGAAGCUACCAGCCGGUUCCCUUCCCAGGUCGGUCACUACGAGUUGGCGACUCACUCGGUCAAGGUGCGUCGUACCGGCACCCUUGUGGAUGUUCUCUCACUUUGGCAACUUGAGGGCACGGCUGCCCUCACAAAAAGUUCUCGACUGGGUGAGAAGACACGGUUUGAGAGGCUGCCCUCAAUGGAUUCGUUCAACCAAAAGUCCCAUGCCAAUGAGAUGCUGGCGGGGCUGCGCUACUUUGAGCGGGCCAUCCGUAAGGACAACCCGGAGGGACGUCCUGGAGGGGGUCGCAUGUCCAAGGACGCCUUCAGCUGGGGUGAGGUGGACCGGCAAGCCCUUGCACGCUGUCUGCUUGCCAUGUGCCGGCAGACGCGCGACAUCAUGUUCACUGAGCCGCGGCUGCUGAAGCUCAGCGUGCCGACCUACAUUCUGGGUGACAUCCAUGGCAAUUAUCGGGACCUGGUGUGCUUUGAGAAGGCGCUCUGGCGGAUGGGGCCUGUGCUGACGCCAGCCAACUUCCUCUUCCUCGGUGAUUACGUUGACCGAGGAGAGCACGGCGUAGAGGUCAUUGCACACCUGUUUGCCCAGAAGAUACUGGCGCCCGACAAAUUUUUUCUCCUCAGAGGCAACCAUGAGGUGCGAAGCGUGCAGAAGAUGUUCACCUUCUACACUGAGUGUGUGAACAAGUUUGGAGACCGUGUCGGCGUGGAAGUCUGGGAGCAGAUAAAUGCCUGCUUUGACGUCAUGCCGAUAGCUGCUGUGGUGGACACAAAGGUAUUCUGCGUGCAUGGAGGCAUCCCUCCUCCAUGGCUUGGUGGUGGCUACCUAGCUGCGAUAAACCAGAUACCAAAACCACUGAACGAUCCCGAAAGCCAGUCUUCACUUGCCUGGGAACUCAUGUGGAGCGACCCCAUUUCCACUGAAGCAGACCAGCAGAGGGACUUCGUGCCCAACAUGAAGCGAGGGACAGCGCACAUGUUCAGCGCCGAGGCCCUCGAGGAGUUCCUCACCCGCAAUGAGCUCUCACACGUUGUCCGGGCACAUGAGGUCCAGCAGGCUGGAUUCCAGGUGCAGCAGAAAGGCAAGUUGCUGACCGUUUUCUCGUCGUCGCACUACUGCGGUGGGUCCAAUGAGGCGGCCUGCAUCCUGGCAGACCGGCAGAAAUUGAGGACGAUUCGACUGGACACUACCUGAGUGCCAUCUGUCCACCUCUGCUCUCAUAAUUUGCCUCCAUUUCCUUCUCUGACUGCUCGUGUACGGAAGUGCAAUGGACAAGUUCAGUGUACAGGGCUUGAGCCGUUAUUUUCAUACUAUGUGCACUGCAUUGCCGGCAUAUGCGUGUGAUUUUCAAACUGUGUACAAAUGAGAUAAAGCUGCUUUGCUUGUUUCUUUUUUUAUACGUCUUUUCUUACUCAGAGCCUCUCAUUUUGCAUCACUUGCUAGGUUUCUUUGUUUCUAAUGCUCCUGGUAGAACAUGUCUAUGUAAAGGCACUAAAGGUGUGUGCACUUCACUACACCUUGUUUUAUUUGUUUCAUUUCUCUCAUUUUCUGAUUAGCAAUAUAUAUAGAUAUAUAUAGGGCAUUAAGCAUUGGUUUACUGAACUGCUGUUAGUCAUGUGAAUUUUCUGUCACUGGCAUGUCUACUAGCAUGAUACAAUCAGCUGUAGGUGUGUUUUGCUUACAGGGAUUCGAGGUUUGUGUAAAAGUAUGUGCUUAUAAACCAAAUUCUUUGUUCACGACGUGCUUAAGUUGACUUGAAGUGCUUCACUACAUAUUGUUUUAAGUGGCUUGUGGGUUUUGAAGCAGUAGUCGCUGAUUUGCUGACUAGUGAUAUAGGGUGUUAGUAAGCGCUUUAAACAACCUUGUUUUAACCAGCUUGUGGCUUUUGAAGUGUGUGGUUACUUCUUUGCUGAUUAGCGAUAUGUAGGGCAUUAGGAAUUGAUUGACAUAACAGCUGUUGGACAUAAGAAAUGUUUUUCACUAUCACAUCGAGCAGUGUGAUAGUUGAGUGGAAGUGUUUUGUUUACCAUGGUUGGAAGUUACUGCAUAUGCUUAUGAGUGCGUAGAUAAUUCUUUUUCUACUGCAUGCAUAAGUUGGUAUGAAUCUGAAAAGUUCACUACAACGUGGCCUUGUGUACUGACCAUUGAUUUAUCUAGGCGUAAGGAGAAGCACUUCACAAGUGGAGCUGGAUCUUUAUUGAUCUGAUAGUUGAUGUCAUCCUGCGCACUGCAUUCAAUGAAAAGAGCUGAAUCUUUACUCUGUACAGGUGCUUGUGGGUGAAUGAGUACUUUCAAAGAAAGUCUGUCAGCCAGUGCUAAGUAGAAAGGUAGAAAGGAACUUGUGAUUUAUUAAAGGUCUUCACAAGCGUGUGCACCUUCUGACAUACAUGUUCAGUGAUGCAUCUUCAUUUUUAUUGGCAGAGAACUAUCUGCCGUUUCAGCACUCGUUUGUAAGCAUCGACUUGUUGGUUCCAUGUGAUAACAUCUCUUCAAACCUUUACGAUUCAAAGCGUACAGAUUAUGAGGAGGGAACUUUAUAGUAUUUUAGUUGUAAUUAAACGUUUGUGCAGUUCAUAUGGAGAGUAUGAUGUUAAAAUCAACGACAGUGUCACGCAUAGUGCACUUGAAACCACGCUUUAUUCCCUACUGCCUGCCAAGAUGGCUUCCCCCUCCAAUGUGCAACCGUGCUCUUACCUAACGCCAGCCUGUGUUUGGUGUGGAAACCGCAGCACUCGCUCUGCUGCCAUCUAUAGGCUAUCCACAUAACUGCUGUUAUUGGCGCUGCUUCACUCUCGUAACAUUUCACAAAAUGAACAUGGAGCACUAAUAAAUGGUCUAUACCAUCAAGCUAACUUCUGUAUUUUACACAGCUUUGGCAAAAUACUUUCUUUCUAAAAAAAAAAAAAAAAAAAGCUCAGUCUGUCUUGAAUCUACUGGCACUAAAAGGGCUAAGUUAAAACUCUAUCCUUGCAAUUAGUUUUCAUUAAAUGGUGAGCUCAUUUUCUGAUACUGUUUAAGCCCAGAUUCAUUGCACCAUUUAUCUCCUCUCCAUUUUCACCAUCACAAAAGUUACCCUUUGCAGUGUGGUAAAACAUAUGCUAGCUGCAUUUUUGCAGUGAAACUAUAUGGCUUUUCACGGCAUGUAACAGUGAUGGCUGAGUAUGUUUUUUACACUUAUGAUAGCACAGAUAUUUGUCGGUUUGGUGUUGUUACACUUAUGAUAGCACAGAAAUUUGCAAGUUUAAUGUUGUUAUAAACGUUACUCUUAUAAAAAAAGCAGCACUUGUUACUGGUUCUUGUUACUCUGUGUAUUGCAUAUAAUGCGACUGCUUACAUGUUGUGUCAUACAGAAUAUAAUGCCGGUGGUCCCAGCCCAGGGAGCCUCGUCUGAUAUGUGGAAAUUAAUCAUAAAACAGGCUUAGCCUGGUGCCAGCUCAGAUUGUACAGCUCGGUUCAAGUACAUGUAAAGUGGAGAUAUAGCUUAUGUUAUCCCAUAUAUGAACUGAUUUGAAUGACAUUUGUUUCGUUUAGAAAAGAAACCUACUCUAAUUGCUGUUGAGAGUUGAUCUUUAAUUUAGACCUGACAUUUAAUUUAGGGCUUUAAAAAAGAGAGAGAACUACAUUAUCAGGCUACUACUGUAAAUCACUGCUACAAAAACACACUAUUGCAUACCUGCGAACUGCAUCAUGUUAAGAGCAAAUCGAAUAUGUUUCUAGUUUGCAUGCAAAUAUGAAAUGUGCUUCAGAGAAAAGAAAGAAGAGUUUUCAUUAGUGUUCCUGUGCUUUACAGUUAAUGAGUAAGUGAAUCAUCCACAUUUGGUAGCUGCAUACUCCAGUAGAAUUAUUACUGUGCACUUGCCAAACUCAACAGUUACAUGCCAAAGUAGCCUACACGGUACAUUGGGUGCCAGCUGACAUACUUGUCGCGGGAACUGCCAGUGAGCUCUCCUCAUAUGAAUGGAGAGCUUCACACAUUGUUCGCAUUUGUUUGUGACCAUUACUUAAGAAUCAUAAUUGGUGCUUUCAUUGCAGCUUUGCGUCGACUGAUCAAGCGAAGUGAAAUGUGAUCAGCUUAGUAGUUAAACUUGUCUAUAAAAGCAGUUAAUAAAAGUACAUUGCUGUUAAAAUUUGUCAAAUUUACAUGGCAAAGCUGUUAAGAAGGAGUCUUCGACAACAGUUCCUGUGUGGCGAUGGCUUGCUCAGUAUCAAAUGUCAAAUCAAAUAGCCAACAACGAAACCUGCUUUAGAGUAUCGAAUUUUCGCUUUGAAACAUUAUCAAUUGUGAAAUAAAAGUUACCUCGUCUAUACCUCAUUCGAACAGACAAAAAGAUUUUUACAUGCUUUUUUAGCCAAUAAUUUUCAACUUUUGUUUCUUAUGUCACAUUUCAAUGGCUCCAUAUUGGAGGUCUGCUAGAAGUUAUAGAUGCGGCCAUGAAAGCCGAUGGUGUGAUCUAGCAAUGCUAGGAAAGCCUGUAGCGGCCGUAUGACCUGGUAUUCUUGGUGAUGAGUCAUCACCAAGAACAGCCAGAAAACAGACUCCAAGUGCUACCAACAGUGUGUGAGAACUUGCUUACAGACCUUUACUGUCUUUGAUGUAAUUGUUGCUCAGGUUGGCAUAGAUCUGCAGAACCUUUUUUUUUAGAUAUACCAAUAUGGAAAGGAACACUUAAAAGGCCAACUGCAACGAAAUUUUGGACAGCGCAAGAAGCCUAGUCUAAUAUGAUGUAGUUAUAGAGGCACCUCCAUGCAAAACUUGAAGUUUGAAAUACGAGCAGAAGUGUCAUGAAACUAAAGAACAGAAACAAGAAAACACCGCCAUUACUGCUCGCCAGAAGCAACGCAUGACCUAGCACGUGUUUCCUCAGCAUGACCUCCAACGUUGCAAUGGCUCAUCCCUGCAAUCUCGGAGACCAUGCUGCCGUGUAACGUCGAAACUGUGGCUGCCGCGGGUUGUGGUGAUGAGCCCUCUUGCUGUCGAGAUCCUCGGAACUAACGCGUACUCCAAUUGGUCUCUCUGGUUCUCCAUGCAUGGCAAAACAACUCACUCCAAGCGCCCGCGGUGCGCACUAAAUAAUUUUGGAUGCAGCAUGCUCAGACUGGCAUCAUAGCGACACCAACAGGCGCCCACACUGUCUUCUUGGGUGCAAUUGAAAGGCUAGUGACAAGAAAGCUGUACGAUGAAAUGCGCUGCGGUUUUGCAAAAAUUGGUUUAGUGGUACAUAUUACUCCUUUCGUAACGAAUUUAGCCAAUGUGAAAUUUGUUUUGCAGUUGGCCUUUAAUCAGUGUUCAAAAUAGCAUUCCGUGUAAAGGUGUGAAUCGGAACGUAUUUUCACUACUAUUUCGUGCACGACUUUCAUGUCCGAUGCCACCUGCCAAAUGGAACAUUUUUUUAAUCUAAGCAUAGGAACAAGAAAAUUAUCUCGCUGUAAAUGAAAGUGUGGUGUUCCCUUUCAUAUUGGUGGUUCUUGUGCAUAAAAUGACAAAACGGGGGAGGGGGGGAACUUGUCUGUGUAGUACUGUCGGGCAGAUAUACUGCUGCUUUUGAGUUCAUAUGCCCAAUUUUCAGCGUUAAGCAAACUUAUUCAAUGAACAGCCUUUCCUGCUGAGUAAUACUCAGCAUGCCUGUCCCGGUGUACAGUCUGAACUGAAUUUUCUAAUAUGUUGCCUUAAUAAGAGAAAAUAAAGGAUUUGAAAUGUG